CCCCCGUGUAUGAAUCACCCAAAAAAUCACCCAUCCAAAACCAUCAGAAACUGCUGUAAAGAGAGAGUGAGAUCAAAAAACAUUCGGAUCGAAUCCGAAAAACAGAAAAUCAACAGUGUUCAGGAAAAUUAAUGAAAGUUAUUUUAUGAAUAUUUAUUGUCUCAUCGGAAUUGAUUCCGGAUCAGUCGAUUGCAUUUGAAGGAUAACACUUUGGUAGUGAUGGCCCUGAGAAUGGAUCUAAUGACGGCUGAGUCCGCACAGAUGGGAACUAUAGAACCACAGGAACGAUUGAGACAGCUAGCUGCUCUCAGCAAUAGUAUCGAGGUCGAUGCUAAUAUUCCAAUAAAAAGAUACUACAGAUCCGGACUGGAAAUGGUUCGCAUGGCAAAUGUUUAUCACCAGGAGGGAAACAUUGAUUGGGCAUACAUUUUGUAUGUCAAGUUUAUGACUUUAUUUCUGGAGAAGGUUCUGAAACAUCCGGAAUAUAAAACUGUGCCUGCGGAUCUGAAGCAACAGAAUCAGAAAAAAUUGAAGGAGGUUCUUCCCAUGGCUGAAAAGUUGAAGGUGAAGCUAUUGGAAAGGUUCACUAGGGAGUAUCAACAAUUUCUGGAGGCUAAGCGUCUGGAGAAGGAACGAGAGGAAAAGCGAAUGCGAGAAGAAAAAGGAAGAGCGAAGACUAUGCCAAUUGCACCCCCUACGAAUUUGCCACAGCCUAGCGCACCUUCCUUUUCUCCGUCAAUGCUGGCCGAUUCGGAUAUGCUUGACCGUGUGCUCUAUCCAAAUGAUUUCCCUACCGAUCCUAAUCGCUUAUCCGGCACUGGCUUGUUGCUGCCAGAUACAAAGCCCAUCCCAAAGCCAGCAUUCGAUCGUAGCCUAAAACCAUCACCCACCUCGGUUCUGGCCGGCAGCCUGCGACCUGUGGUAGUUCCAACGAAUACGAUGGCCAAAUUUCUUGCUCUCGCUUCACAUAAUACGCUUAGCAAUGUGGAAACGUGUGGCAUUCUUGCUGGCCGGCUGGCUCAGAAUAAACUGUUGAUAACGCACGUGAUUGUUCCGAAGCAACGGGGAACUUCGGACAGUUGCACAACGAUGAACGAAGAGGAUAUCUUCAACUUUCAGGAUCAACACAAUCUAAUUACGCUCGGAUGGAUACACACGCAUCCUAGUCAGACAGCAUUUCUUUCUUCGGUGGAUCUACACACGCACUGUUCCUAUCAGAUGAUGCUAGAAGAGGCGAUCGCUAUCGUGUGCUCGCCAAAAUACCAGGAAACUGGGUUCUUCUGCCUGACACCCAGCUACGGGCUGGAUUACAUUUCGCAGUGUCGACAAACGGGCUUUCACCCGCAUCCAAAGGAUCCUCCCUUGUUCAUGGAAGCACUCCACAUCGUGCCAGACGACACAGCCAAAAUUGAAGUGGUUGACUUGCGAUAAUUUACCCUCGAUAGUGAAUGUUCCAAAAUAGACUUACAAGAAGCACACAAACAUUCGCACCAAUAGAUGCUAGUGCAGAUCGACGAAAGACCGCUAGAUUGUGCGUACCGGUAGAUUUAUUUUUUAGUAGUAUUUCAAAUUAGGAACACCGCAAAUUUCCUCUGCAUUGAGUUUAGAUGGUAUUAUUCUAUUUACAGAUGCCUAUAUAUUUAUUAUAGAGUCAGAACAAGGGGACCUAUUCUGCCGCUAUUCAUAUAACAGUCCCGUGUCCCAUGUACGUGGGACUGUUAUGCGAAUAGCGGUAGUAUUGUGUAGUGCAAAGUGUUUAAUAUUUCUAGCUAGGGAGAGACGUACUUUCAAACAACAAAAUAAUUAAUGUAAUCGUGUGUAGAGCGCUUUAAACGAAAUUAUAGAAAACUUAGCACGUGCAAGGUGUGAGCGCUUUACAGUGAGCGAAACGAUUUUCGACAGUGUAUGGGGUUGAUUUCUGAAUUGCUUGAUGUUUUUUUUUGUAUUGUAACUACAAGUUUAACCAAUAAUUCCAAAGAAGCGCCAAGUGGCUACCUAUUUCAAAGCUGGUAAUUUUUCCGUUUGUAGCAAUGUUCUGACGUCCCCGCGAUAGCUGUGUAGGUGCGAGAAAAUAUCACAUGCAAAUUCGAUGUUAAAUCGAGACG